AUGGAGGCUCUGAGUGGCUCCUGCUUGUGGAUCCCAUGCACCUAUAAACCUGUAAAUACAAAUAAAGACAUAAACACUGCAGACCCUGUCACUGGCAUUUGGUUUAAAGGUGGUCGUUGGUCACAGUAUAAGUUUUCAGUCAGUGGAGACUCCAGUAAGUCUUAUCCCAUGAACAUCACUGGCAACCUGAAAAACAAAAACUGCACCACAAUGUUUUAUAAUUUAAGCAAAACCCACAAUGACACAUAUUACUUCAGAGUAGAGAACAGUCGUUUUACGGCCACAGCUGUUUGUGACUCUCUUCAAAUAAAAGUCACAGACUCUCCCUGGAGCCCCACAAUAGAAGUCUCUGGUAAACAGACAGAGACAGAGGUGGUGACUAUAACCUGCUCAGCUGUCACUCCCUGUCCACACGCCCCUCCUCAGCUCACAUGGGAUCUCCACCAAGGCACUGCUCACAUCACAGAGACCAACGGGACAUUUACCACUAAAAUCACACAGAACAUCACUCUGACAGACGCCCAUGAUGGACUAAUGAUAAAGUGUAAUGCAGCGUAUCCUGUGAGUGGAGGAUUCAAAAUGGCCGACAGUAACGUGACUCUCAGUGUCUCAUAUGGUCCUAAAAACACCUCAGUGGAGGUCAGUCCGUCCAGUUCACUGUCAGCAGGUCAGUCAGUGACGCUGAGCUGCUCCAGCAGAGCCAAGCCUCCUGUCCACCACUUCACCUGGUUCAGACACAGCUCACAGGGACCAGCCAAUGUCAGCCAGGGACACACGUACAGCUUCAACCUCACUGAAGAGGGACAGUACUAUUGUGUGGCCUCAAAUACACUUGGACAUGAAUUAUCUCCAGUCAUUACACUGAAUAUAACAGGAACAGGCUCUUUUAGUGGUGAUCUGUCAUGGGAGGUCAUUCUUGGAGCAGUUAUUGGAGUUCUGGUGGUCAUCUGCUUGGGUCUGUUUGUCUGGUGUUUAAAAAUAAAAUGCCAGACUCCCAAAGACGUACAGCAACAAACAUCUGUACACGGAGUGGAAGAUACCAUCCAUUAUGGAGAAAUUAACUUCUCCACCUUCAAACAUUCUUCAAAUAUUAAUCCAGACGAUGAACCACAAGAGCAAACAGUCUACUCCCAGGUCAAUAUGUCCCAGGCUAAAACCACAGAAGAAGAAACCGUCCAUUAUGGGGAGCUUGACUUUUCUAAGUUGAGUCCUAAAGACGUCCCAAGCACAGAACAAGAGGACACUGUGUACUCCCAGGUUCAAGUAUCAAAGCAAGACACCAGCGGGCAGGUUCAAGAUGAUUUUGAAAGCCUUUAUGUCAAUGUAAAGAAGAAAUAA